AAUUAAAACAGACAAACACAUCGAGAGCGUGUGGGAUUGUGUAAUUAAAUAUGUGGGUUGUUGAUAUGAUGUUGCGGGUUGUGCUCUCGGUUGUGUUGUGGGUUGUGUUGUCCGUUGUUAUACCAAUGUUUGGCUUUGUUUUUAUGAUAUAUCUGGUUAUGUUGUGGGUUGGUCUUUUUAUGUUGUGGGUUGUUGGUCUUUUCAUGUUGCGGGUUGCUCCUAUGAUCAGCGAAGUAAAUCUACCAGACCCCCAGUUCGUUGAUGCGCCUAUAAUAAUAAUAAUAUAUAGCUUUGAUAAUAUAGCGCCGCACGUUGUUCUUAAGAUGUUACGGAUCAUAUCGCGGAUGUUGCGGUAUCAGAUGAAGAAGAAAAUGGAGAGAGUGAGGGAUGAUCUCAAGAAGUUACAAGAAAGGCUAGAAAAGGCCUACCGCAACUUGGAGUAUGCUGAUGAGGAGAUGAUGAUUGUCCCGUAUGGCACCACCAACACCUUGUUUCAUAAUUUGAGAGCUGUUUGUAAUGACUUGCAAGACAUCAGUGAUGAUUUAUUUAUGCAUGAGGAUAAAUUGAAGACAAUGGCUAGAAUGCGGACUUACGAGGUACACUGGUAUUCUCCCUUCGUUUAUGUAUACCUGCACCUGAUUUAUUUCCCCCGGCAAAUUAAUAGUCAAAAUAAAACUCUUAAAAAUAUUGACUCUAGAUUGGAAGAGAUUCUCAAACAAGAGUUAAACAAUGGUUUGACUUUAUUUAAUCUUAAUACCACUGUAGAACAUGAAAUUGAUCUAGUUGGUGGAAUAGAGCAGGAUACUGAAAACCUAGUGGAGAAGUUAAUGAUCACCAGUAGUUCUCCUGGAGUCCAUGUUUAUGGGAUUGUUGGGGAGAGAGGCAUUGGCAAAACAACUCUAGCUAGAAAAAUCUUCAACCACCAAACAAUUAAAGAUAAAUUCCAUUCGCCACCUCCGAUAUGGGUAGAUGUUCACAUGAAUUCUACUUUUCAUACAAUAAUGAAUUCCAUAAAUAAAUUUGAUGGUGAUUUAAUUCAAGAUAAGGAAAUUUUGGUGGUUCUCAAUGAUGUUAAUGAUUCAAAAGUACUAAAAGACAUGACGGACUAUAUGCAUUUAAUCACUAAUGCCAAUGUCUUAGUUACAACUAGAUAUGAAAGUGUCAUAACUCAUGAGGGCAUUUAUAAAACAUAA